GUAUUCUAUUUUUCCUUUAUUUUUAUAUUUACUUAUUUAUGUGUUAUAUUGAUUGUUGUAAAUCACCUUGUUGUCUGUAUUGAAAAGUGCUAUGCAAAUUAAGCUAUUAUUUUAUAGACCAAACAAAUAAUUGAUUUGAUUGAGAAAAUAAUCAUUAGGUUCUGUCCCUAAAUUGAAGUAGUUCUCAGAUCCAGUAAGUAAUCACAAUGGAGACUUAGUCUUUAAUUCUACUCACACAGUUACUGUAACUUCAGUACUAACCAGUUAUGAAAUUACUGACUCCUUUAUGUAUCAGCAUUUAUUGUUAUCUUGUCAUAGAGGUACUAACUUUAAUAAGUUUAAUACCUCCCAACAACUCCGGCAUUACUGAUAUGAUAUGACUCUGUAUCUGCAGUCCAAUCAGCACGUAGGCUGCCACUUACAUUCCGCAGUUAACAGCAGUACAGACAUGUUGGUUGAGCCCUGCAGACCUUUGGAGCAGUGGGGAGGACAGGCUUAUCAGAGGCUCAAAGGGUAAAAAGGGGACACACUCAUAGCAAAGCAGAGUAUUUCAUCAGUGCUCGAGUCUGUCUGUGUGACGCCUGACACCUACAGAACUGGUCACACUCAGUUCGGUUGAAUUCCUGUUAAUUUGUUUUAGUUUGACACAUAAAACAUAGGCCUGCUGUACGUGGAUCAGUGCGUGGUGUCAGUACAUACUUAUGCUUGGCAUGGCACUGUCAGAGCACAGUGUGAGCGCCUGGAGCUGUAAGCAGGUGGCCCAGUGGCUGCAGGAAGAAGGUUUUGGGGAGUAUGUGGAGUUAUUGUGCACCCAGCACCGCCUGGAUGGCCUCAGCCUGCUGGCUCUGACUGAGGCUGACCUGCGCGGGCCUCCGCUGGGCCUCACUGUGUUAGGAGACAUCAAGAGGCUGACCAUAGCCCUCCGUCGGCUCCAGAGACAGAACCAGGCCCAGCUGGAGGAGCUGGGUCUCAGACCUGCGGACAGUCUCCCUGCUGGACUCUCGCUAGGCGCCGCAGGGGUCGAGUGGGGCUGUGAUGGAGCCAACAGGAGGUAUAACGGAGGUGAUCGCUCUUGCAACGGGACUGAGCUGCGGCUGAGGAAUGGUGAUAGAUCUGGAUACGGUUCAGGAGAGGCCCUGUGUCAUACACACACCAACGGGAGGUGUAGAGAGAACCUAGCUGGUCGAUUGGACCCAGAGGUGUGGAAGACGGUCGUCAGUUCCUUAUAUGUCUUUUCUGUGUUUGGAUUCACAUCUUUUGUCAUGGUCAUCGUACACGAACGUGUCCCGGACACGAGGACAUACCCACCGCUGCCUGACAUAUUUCUGGACAGUGUUCCUAGAAUCCCUUGGGCUUUUGCAAUGGCUGAAGCCUGUGGCCUUAUCCUGUGUUACAUGUUUCUAUUGAUCCUGCUCCUUCACAAACACAGGUCCAUUCUCUUCAGACGCCUGUGUUCUUUGAUGGGAACUGUGUUUUUGCUUCGUUGUUGCACCAUGUUUGUCACCUCGCUCUCUGUGCCUGGGCAGCACCUGAAGUGUGCCAGUAAGACGUACGGUGAUACCUUGGGAAAGAUACAGAGGGCGCUAGCAAUCUGGAGUGGGUUUGGGAUGACUCUGACAGGCGUCCAAACGUGUGGAGACUACAUGUUCAGUGGACACACUGUUGUCAUCACAAUGCUCAACUUUUUUGUGACUGAAUACACUCCGCGAACCUGGAAUCUGAUUCACACCAUCUCCUGGGUGUUAAACCUCUUUGGGAUUUUCUUCAUCCUGGCGGCACACGAGCACUACUCCAUCGACGUGUUCAUCGCCUUCUACAUCACCACCCGCCUCUUCCUCUACUACCACACGUUAGCAAAUACCCGUGCUUACCAGCAUAGCCGGAGGGCACGCAUUUGGUUCCCCAUGUUCUCCUUCUUUGAGUGCAAUGUGAAUGGACCUGUCCCCAACCAGUAUCACUGGCCUUUCAACAAACCUGCCUUCAUGAAAACUCUGAUUGGAUAGAGGACACUUUCAAAGAUCAGUGGCUGCAAUGUGCAUUGUUAUAUUUAAGUGAAUGAGAAAUGUUACUACUUGCUUCAAAUCUUUAUAUAGUUAUAAGUUUAGCAAGUGGGAGUUUUUCCCCUCCUUUUUUUAAAUUGACUAUCUUUAUUCAAUUAAUCUCAUAUUUAAAAGGAAUAGUUUGACAUUUUGGGAAAUGUGCUCAUUUGCUUUCUUACUGAAAGUUGGAUGAGAACAUUGGUUCACUGUCAUCUCAGUCCGUUAAAUCUGAACCAAGCCAGCAGCUGGUAAACUUAGUUUGGCAUUCAGACUGGAAACUGGGAAACCGUAAGGCUGGUAAAAAAUCCACCUACAGUACCAUCGCUUCUAAGGCUCACUAAUUAACAUUUGUUUAAUCUGUCCAAAAAAGUGUAAAACUGUGAUGUGAAGAGACUCUGCUGCAAGUCCCCUCCCAGCCAAGAAGUAGUCUUACACAUAACCUCCUGUAAUACUUUACACUACAGUUUUUUAUACAAAUGUGUACAAAUUCUUGAGCUUUAGAUGUGAUGUUAGGUGUUUCCACUCUUUAUGCUAAGCUAACGAGCUGCUGAUGGUAGCUUCAUAUUUAGCGUACAGACAAUAGUGGUUUUGAUCUCCUCUAACUCUUACAAAGAAGACAAAUUCGUGUAUUUCCCAAAAUGUUGAUCAAUUCCUUAAAAUGUAAGCGUACACUGUCAAGUAAAACAAAGAAAUAUGGUUUAUUAGGCGCCCUAAAUGCUGCUGGUAUGAUUAUUUUCCUCUUGGUGAUUUAUUUGCCCUCUUUAAAUAAGUCUAGUCACUUUCUUCAUUCAUGUUCCACUUUGGGGAUUUUUUAAUAGUUCACUAGUGGUUUGGUUUGUUAGUCUCACUCAGCAUUUACAGCAGAGUGAUCAGGCUUCACUCAGCCGGUUGAUACCGUGGUUGUCGUCAUCUUAUCGGGAGUCGACGUGGUGACAGUUCACAUGUUUUGCUGCCAAGAGAUCUGACACCUGUUUGGUGACUAUUGCCAAAGGAUAAAGUGUUUCUUUUGAUGUGCAGUCGGAAAAACACAUCAUCUUCAGUCACUGUUUUUUUUGUUUCUUUCUUUCUUUCUUUUUCCAUUUACACUUAAAGAAGUGAACCCUACAGCUUUGUUGUGUUUGAUAAUGUCACCAUUGGGAUAGCAAAGCGUCUUACAUUCACAGUUAAACAUUUAUUUUAAUGUUUUGCCAAGCAGCCCUUAGUAUGAUUAUUUCUUUUCCUAAUUUGAUACUGUGUUAUUGCUUUGUAUUUUAUUAUUAUUAUAAUCAUUUUUUACAGAUUGUUAAUUAUGUAAUGAGUGUAGAAGUGUAUGGCGCUGGAUUUUGCUGAAGUAUUGUACAGAAUUUUCCUCUGUUGCACAGUACAGGACGUUUUGUUAUUACAGCUGUUGACAAGCAGCUGGAUGACAAAGUUGUAGAAGUACAUUGUUUACUAUGUCAUGGUUGAUCCAAACUCUCUUAUUAAUAAUUGUUUACAAUUUGUGGCUUUAUUUGCAAUGCAAGUAAUCUAUCUCUGCCUUUUGGCUCAGCAUUAAAUGUUUACAGAAAAGGAAAAACAGUUUAUUAGUUUAUUACUAGUGUGUUUUUAUUUUGCAAUUGUUGAAUAAAGUGGAUUAUAAAUGUUAUUA